AUGAAGUUUGGCCUUGCUCUCCUUCCAAGCUUGGCUUGGCUAGCAAAUGUGCCAUCUCUGGUUUUGGCGCGAAAUAUAAAUACAUUUCAACCUCCAGAUUGGCUGACUCGCCCUAACUUUGGGGCAUCCUGUGGUGGCGGCGCGCUUUCCUCCGACGCUACUCUGUGGGUGACUUGUUCUGGGCCCAAGGGGCAUAAUCAGGCCGUUUUGGAUCUGAAUCAUUGCUUGGCUAAUGAUAAUGGGAAGCUCGUUUUUCGAAAAGACGGUAAUUUCAGUGGGUCUUGCAAACGUUGCGAAAUCACCCCCGAUGACCAAUUUCGGUGUUCCUGCACGACCUCGACCGGUGAUUCAAAGGACACCGACUGGCUUGAUUUAAAUGAGGGAAUCGCAAACUACAACGGCCGUCCCAAUUGCUUUGGGUUCGAAGCAUUUUGUCCUGAUUGCUAA